UCAAACAUCAGAUGCCAAAACUUGCAGCUGCAAAUACAUAAUCAGCAAAGAUAUUAUUUCUAUACUAUUUUACGCGACAUUGAUAUUCCCCCGAUAUACAAACCUUUACAGCCCAUAACAUCUGCAAACAACUAAUCACAACCUAAUAAAUGGCGCUUUCACCCGAAAAUACCCUCACCACUCUCCAAAAGCUUCAAAAAUCCCACGAAUUGAGUAUUAUAAAACUGAGUGAACCAAUUUCUGCCCCUUUAAAACCAGGCGAUCGAACAUCCAAUGGCUCUGCAGCUGAUCCUCUCGAAAAUCCAUCUCCUGCUAGUUUAGAGACCGAUUUGGCGCAUUAUAAGGUAAUUCUAUAAUAAUAUUUACUUUUACAUUUAUCCACACAUUCACACAUCCUGCAUAUUGUUUCCCUCUCAAAACAAAGCAAAAACAAAUACUAACCCCCUCCUUCCACAGGAACUCUUCUCCAAACUCCGCUUCUCCUACCUCGAACAAGUAACCAAAGAAAAAUUCAUCCGAGCCAUCGUCGGCGACCCACCCCUCGUAGUGGAACAUCAAGAAAACCUCGAUUUAGAAGCCUCAUUACUCCUCUCCAAAUCCUCGCUCAAAGCCCAAAAAAUCGAAGUCGCAGAACUUGUUGAAGAGCUCGAGAAACGAGGAAGAGAAUUAUGUAGAAAAUAUGAACAUAUCCAACUGCAAACUAAACAACUUUCCGAACUGCCGUUGAAAAUAUCGGGAUUGGAGGAAAAUAUUCAAAAGUUGAAAAAUGAGCAGAAUGGGAUAGAUGGAGAGGGGAUAAGUCAUCCGAAUCUUAGAUUGGGGUUGGAUAGAACGAGGGAGUUGGUGGAAGAGAAGGAAAGGGAGAGGAGGGAUCUAGAUAGACAGUUGGAACAGUUACAAGUACAGGUUCCGAGGAAAACUAAGGAGGUUGAGAGGUUAAAUGCGGAACUAGUGCCGUUAGAUGCGAAGAGAACUAUUAGUGUUGCGGCGGCAAGAGAAGCGCAGAGGAGGAAGGAAGAGGGGGCAGGUGGGACAGGAGAUGAUUUGGAGGAAAGAGGACGUUGGUGGAGGGGUGUGGAAGGAGGAUUGAGGGGAGUGUUGGGGGUGGAGAGCGAUGCUUAGGUGGUUAUUAUUAUUACUUUGGAUUUCAGGUUCGGAGUUUGGUGUGAAACGGAGUUCAUAAAUGGAGAUUUUGGUAUAGGGGGACCAUCAAAGGAGGAGUCUGUGCUUCUAAGCUUACAUAUGCGUCAAUACCGUGGGUAUAUGAUAGAUAGAUAUAUGGAAAUAUAUCACAUUUUAUCACUUGAUAUCAUUACAUUACAUUAUAUUGCACUGCAUCGUAUUCCUUCUUCCCUCCUCGCUCUCCACCCAUUUAUCUACCCAUCCAUCCGUCCGUCUGUUUGUAAUCUUAUAUUCCUCAGCGCACCUACUCACUCAAUCCCAUCCAUCCAUCCAUCUAAAAUAAUCUCACUUUGUCAUCCCUUCCUCCACCCUUUUUUU